UCAUCUUUCCUUCCCUUGACCGGUCUGCAAAGUGCAAACCCUUCCCAAACCCUCCGUAUCCUUGUCGUUUGCGCACGGGAGAUCAGAAGAAGAAGCACCUAGCCGGCAAUGGCCGCCACGCGUGUCACCCAUGUCGCCUCGCCACUCGAGGAGGGGUCGGUGAUCAUCUGCACCGUCACCUCCUCCGGGAACGCCGCCGCGGCCUGGGUCCAGCAGGUCUGCUCAACGUACCGCCUCUGCGAACACGACGUCUUCGCCGGGCUCGACGUGGAGUGGCGCCCCAGCUACGGCCGUGCGCGCAACCCGGCGGCGCUCCUCCAGCUCUGCGUCCAGAACCGCUGCCUCGUCUUCCAGCUCCUCCACGCCGACUACAUCCCCCAGGCCCUGGCUGACUCCCUCGUCGACCCCCGCUGGAGCUUCGUGGGCGUCGGCGUGGACGCGGACGCCGUCCGCCUGGGCAACGACUACGGCCUCCAGGUGGCGAACACGGUGGACCUGCGCGGCCUCGCGGCGGGGCAGUUGCGCAUGCCGGAGCUCCGCCAGGCCGGCUUGGUGCGCCUGGCGCACGCCGUCACCGGGGUCAACAUCGAGAAGCCACAGCGUGUUAGGAUGUCUGCGUGGGACGCCUACCGCCUCUCUGACGAGCAGAUCCACUAUGCCUGCAUCGACGCCCUCGUCUCCUUCCAGGCCGGCUUGAUUCUGUUCAACGGCGGCUCCUAGUAGAUCGAUCGAUCCAGUAGAGGUGAUGCCGCGUCAAGUCCUUGCAAAACUCGUUGAUCUUUAGAUUAAGUUUUUGUUGCAUCUUGUUCGUGCUCUCGUGAUGUUUAAUUACUGUUGGGGAAUGUUAAUUACUGCUGUUCGAUGCUUCAGAGCAGACGGAAGAUUAUGGUUACAAACUGGGGCGAGGAACGAACAUUCUGCUCAACUUAUAAUUAUAUUGUGGCCUAGUACUACUGUGUUUAUGGACGUGCUGCUUUUCCUUGUCACCGUUCGGAAUUGGAUGUUCCAA